AUGAUCGUGGAAAAGUAUGUGUUUUGCAUUUUGCUUUAUUAUUUAGGUUCAACGAAAUGCUACGGAGAUUUGGGGUGUUUUGGUACGGGGAAACCAUUCUUCAGUGUACAAAGACCAUUGAACAUAUUACCGUUAUCACCAGAGUCCAUCAACACCAAAUUUAGACUGUAUACUAGAAAGAACUCUAAAUCAGAACACCUACUGACAUAUGGAGAUGUCAGUACCCUGCAUGGAUCACAUUUUAACCCAGCUCAUCCAACGAAGAUGAUAUCUCAUGGAUUUAUAGAGAACGGACGAACAAGUUGGAUGGGGAAAAUGAAAGAUGAGAUGUUGAAACAUGGUGAUUAUAAUGUUAUUAAUAUUGACUGGGGCAGUGGAUCAUUACCUCCAUAUACUCAAGCUACAGCUAAUACCAGAGUCGUGGGUGCUGUGGUAGCUAGACUCAUCAAAUACCUUCAGAAAGAAUUAGGUGCUAAACCAGAAACCUUUCAUUUGAUUGGUCACAGUCUUGGUGCACAUAUCUGUGGGUACGCUGGCGAUAGAACUCCACAUCUUGGCAGAAUAACAGGUUUGGAUCCAGCUGACCCAUAUUUUCAAUAUACUGAUAGAACUGUUAGAUUGGAUGAAACGGACGCCCAGUUUGUAGAUAUUAUACAUACCGAUGGUAUUUCAAUCCUUAAAUUAGGUUAUGGUAUGAUACAACCAUGUGGACAUGUUGAUUACUAUCCUAAUGGUGGAGAGACACAGCCUGGGUGCGAGAAAGGACCCGUAUCUUCCAUUUUAACCGAUGGUUUAUAUAACGGUGUCGCACAAUUUGUAGCAUGUAAUCAUUUAAGAUCCUUCGAGUACUUCACAGAAUCUAUCAACGCCAAAUGUCCAUUCAGAGGUUACCAGUGUACCGACUACAAGCAAUUCAGGUCAGGUAAUUGUAUGCCAUGUCAAGGAAAGGGGUGUGGUGUAAUGGGUUUCCAUGCUGACAAAGUUAAACCACACGCUGGCAAAACCAAUGUGAAAUAUUAUUUAGAUACCUCAUCAUCAGGUCCAUAUUGCCGUUACCAUGAUCAAAUUCAGAUCACAUUUGGUUCAAAAUUGUUUUCAAGAACAGAACGUGGAGCUCUCUAUGCUACUAUCAUUGGCGAUAAAGGCCGAACAGGAAGAGUAAAAUUGACAGAUGAUAACGAAAUUGAAGCUGGUAAAAGUUAUACAUAUAUGGUGUUAUCAAAAGUUAAUAUUGGUGCCAUCAAAACCGUUGAAUUGGGCUGGACUCAUAAUUCUAAGUGGUACAAAGUUUUAGACUGGAAUAUACUAGGCCUUCGUCACCCAACAGUGUAUGUAGAUAAAAUAAGUGUGGUCAAUGGAGAGGAUUCAAAAUUUGUGGCAUUCUGUACUCAAAAUACAGCCAUGGAAACUGGACAGAAGGUGUCGAUUUCAAGAACUUGUUAAUAAAAUCU